UGGCGUUGGGUUUCAACAUUGCCUAGCUGUUUUGUGAGAAAUGAAUCACUACAUGGUGUGCACACUUUCAGAUAAAUGAAACCGAAACCUACGUUUAAAAGCAAUUUGCGUCCCAGUCCUUUUUUCAUAUGGCUGUGCCUUCGCUGUCCAGACCAACAUAUAGUUUAAACAUGUCUCAACACAGUUCCUCAAAACAAGAAAUUAUGAGUAGUGGUCUGAAUGAAUACUAUGAAGAAAAGGUGCGUCCCUGUAUUGACCUAGUGGAUAAACUCAGGUCACUUGGUGUCGAGAAGGACCUGAAUCUGCCAGCUAUUGCUGUUAUAGGUGACCAGAGCUCAGGAAAGAGUUCUGUAUUGGAGGCUCUGUCAGGUGUGGGACUGCCCAGAGGAACAGGUAUUGUCACACGAUGUCCUCUUGUACUGAAAUUGAAGAAAGUUACAAAGAAUGUUACCUGGCAUGGAUUAUUGUCAUAUAAUGAUAAAAUAAAGAAACUGAAGAAUCCAGCAGAAAUAGAGAAGGCUGUCCUAGAUGCUCAGACAGCAUUGGCUGGACAAGGAGAAGGAAUCAGUCAUGAGAUGAUCACUCUGGAAAUCAAGUCCUGUGAUGUUCCUGAUCUUACUCUCAUUGACCUGCCAGGAAUUGCUAGGGUUGCCACUGGUAACCAGCCUAAAGACAUUGGGAUACAAAUAAAAGAUCUAAUUGAAAAGUUCAUUAAAAGACAAGAGACCAUCAGCUUGGUUGUUGUGCCUGCAAACAUUGAUAUUGCCACCACUGAAGCACUACAGAUGGCAAACAAAGUAGAUAGAGAUGGCAACAGGACACUUGGGAUUCUGACUAAACCAGACUUGGUGGACAAAGGCAUGGAGGAGACAGUUGUCAAAACCGUCAACAAUCUUGUGAUACCACUGAUCAAGGGCUAUAUGAUUGUAAAGUGCCGUGGCCAGCAAGACAUCAAUGAGAAGAUUACUCUGGUCGAUGCUUUGGAAAAAGAAAGAAAGUUUUUCAAUGAAAAUUCUCAUUUUAGGACUCUUCUUGAGGAAGGUAAAGCUACAGUACCUCUUCUUGCAGAACGGCUCACUAAAGAAUUGGUUAUACACAUUACUAAUUUACUGCCACAGUUACGAACCCAACUUGAGCAGAAAUUAGCAAAGACCACUGAGGAACUUAAAGUACUGGGAGAUGGAGUUCCUCUUGAUAAACAUGAGAGGAAAAAUUUCCUGAUUAUGAAAAUUCGUCAGUUUAAUGAUGUACUUGAAGGAGUAAAACGGGCAGAAGAAGAUCUAAAGAACUCAGACAUGAGGGUCUUUACCAAAAUCAGGAAAAUAUUUGGUCAAUGGAAACUCCUUCUGGAUGAGAAGACUAUUAAAACGGAGGAAACCCUCAGAGAUGAGGUUGAAGAGUACAUUAAAAAUCGCAGAGGAAAAGAGCUUCCUGGAUUUGUUAACUACAGAACAUUUGAAAGCAUUGUCAGGAAACACAUUGAGGAGCUAGAGGAACCUGCUUUAAAGCUCCUAAAAGAUGUCACAGAAAUUGUUCACAACUGUGUGAACACCAUUGUUAGCUAUCACUUUAAGGCAUUCUCUCAGCUCCUGAGGGCUGCUAAAGAUCCAAUUGAAGAUAUUCUUGAAAAUGAGUUUAAGAAUGCAGAGGAGAAAGUAAAAUCUCAGUUUAAGAUGGAGAAGAUUGUCUACUCUCAAGAUCCUCUCUACAGUCGCCAGCUAGAGGCUGUAAAACAGCAACCAGCAAUCACAACCUAUGUUAGUUAUGCAUCUGGUUUUAAAACGGUAAAGAGCAUCAGUGCUGAUAUACGCGAGAUGACACAGCAUCUUAAAGCCUAUUUAAUGAUCACAUCUGACCGUCUGGCUAACCAAGUGCCACUGAUAAUCCAGUACCACAUCCUGGACCAGUACAUAUUUCAGCUUCAGAAUGAAAUGCUUGCCAUGUUCGGAAGGGACAAUGCAGAAGAUCUGCUCAGAGAAGAUUCUGACGUUGCUCGUAAAAGAAAAGAAUUAAAAGAACGCUUGGAGCGCCUGAAGGAUGCUAGCAAAGUUAUGUCCAAGUUUGUAAAGGCUCCAUAUUAAGCAAAGUACACACACGCUAG